AAAAGACUUUUCUUCAAAAAACUAUCCGCACCAACAACAACAACAACAAAAAUCAAUUUCGAAUUUACGAAAUCCAAUUGGUUGUUUCUCACUGCGGCCAAAAAAAAAAAAACAAAAAACGACGAAACAAAAUUAUUAUUUAUUUUUUCGGUCUGUGUGUUUCUAGUGCCGGUGCGUUUUUUUUUUCUUCUUCUACAACCGUGUCCCGUGUGUUGUUUCUUUAAACGCGUGAAUUUCACAAAGAAGAAAAGCGAAUCAAAACCGGGGUGAGAUGUCGGUACGGAGGAAAUCAGCUGAUGUAGCGCCAGUGGCGCCGGCAGUUCCCCGACAGCGACGCGGUUCCGACCUGUCCGACAAGGUGGCCAUGUUCAACAAGAAAUUUCAAGACCAUCACGAGAAGCAGCUGUCGAAUCCCUUCUCCGACGUCGAGCGGCCCGACGGCUACCAAGCCACCAAACUGGACGUCAACGACCCUAAUUACGGCCGGCCACCGGCCGGAUCCAUGACGGAAUUGAGAGGCAAAAAAGCCAACCAACACAUGAGGAAAGAAUGGAGGACGCUUUGCGAAACCAUCUACGACUGCGGCUACCGGUUUCCCGACGGAACUGCCAUCAUCCGCUUCGGCGAUCUCUUCAACAUCUACAACACGAUCUCUGACAAGUGCGUGGGCAACCUGCUGAGCGCGCGGAAACACGGUUUCGUCUCCUUCGAAGGCGAAAUGCUCUAUCAGAGGCGCGACGAAGACACGGAAAUCACAUUAGCCAAGCCUAUUGAGGAAAUUGUCAAAUUACUGCCCAUUGUGUUCGAUCCGAAUCAACACCUGUUGGAUAACCUGCAAGAAUAAA